UGGCAAAAGGAAUGAGUUUAAUGUUUGAACUAAUAAAAUAAAACAUUUCUACUAUUAAGUGGAAAUUAGAAGAGGCGAGUUGAAAUCCGACUUUGCUGAACAUGGCGGCUGCUGUGGAGGUGGAGUUUAUUUGAACGUCACAUUCAUUUCAUCCAAUCCACGGUCUGAUAUCCUUCCCGCGCUCUGUUCUCGACCGAUCAGCGCUUCCCGCUCUGCGCUCUGGACCAAUCAGAGCUGCCGUUGCUCCGCCGCUCUCCAUAUAAGCUCGCUGUUGCCGCUCAGCCUCCACUUGUAUUCUACUGUUGGAGCAGAGAAGACAGAGGAAGCAGAAUGGCCAGAACCAAGCAGACCGCCCGAAAAUCCACCGGAGGAAAAGCCCCCAGGAAGCAGUUGGCCACCAAGGCGGCCCGCAAGAGCGCCCCGGCCACCGGCGGCGUCAAGAAGCCUCACCGUUACCGUCCCGGUACCGUGGCUCUGAGAGAGAUCCGUCGCUACCAGAAAUCCACGGAGCUGCUGAUCCGCAAGCUGCCCUUCCAGCGCCUCGUCAGAGAGAUCGCUCAGGACUUCAAGACCGAUCUGCGCUUCCAGAGCUCCGCUGUCAUGGCUCUGCAGGAGGCCAGCGAGGCUUACCUGGUCGGACUCUUCGAGGACACCAACCUGUGCGCCAUCCACGCCAAGAGGGUCACCAUCAUGCCCAAAGACAUCCAGCUGGCCCGCCGCAUCCGUGGAGAGAGAGCUUAGACCCACCACCCUCCCCUGACCCCAAACACCACGGCUCUUUUAAGAGCCACACCUGUUCACUAAGAGCUCAACCUUGUAAUGUGUUGGAUACAUAAAGGAGUUUUGUUCCAAAUAUUUGUGGAAGGCUGUUUGGGAACUCAUGCCUUCAGUAAACUUUUAUUAAUGGGAAAAUAAGACCACAGUAUAUGUGUAAGGAAUAUAUGAGCUUACAGUAUUGGGCAUAUAAGUAUACUUUGUGUGUGUGUGUGUGUGUGUAUACAUAACGUUCACUUCCCCGUUCAUAAAUUCGUCUUCUCUGCGUUAGGAAGCAGUGCAGUUGUACGGGGCAGGGGAAGGUGUCUGGCUUUGAACGAGGUUCACUGAAUUGCGGACCCAGACGCCGUCUAUACGGGUCUAAAUUUGACGGGUCUCUUCUAUUUUACCUUGGCAGCUUCCCAGUGUUUAUCAUUGGUCUAUCAGCUCACGAAACGCACAGACCAAUUACGUACGAGUUCAGCCAUCCCACGUGACGCGACUCAACCAAUGAAGUCUCUGCAUUGCAUCGCAGCUUUGCCUUCAACAACCAGUGGAGAAGUGAGGGACAGAGAGGACAGCAGUGAUGGGAAGUUUGAUUCUUCUCAGAGAGAUGCUUCUUUUGGCUCCCAAACAGGUCCUCAUUUUUUACUAUUUGUAGCCUCAUAUUUUAGCCUAACCAGGCAAAUAUGAAUUAUUUAUGUACUGACAAACUCUUUUGCAUUCAGUGUUUUUAUGAGAAGCCUAAUAAUUGCCUCAUUUUGUGGUUUGUUUUGUUACAAAAACAGACAUUCUUACUUUUGUUUAAUAUUUCAUUCAAACUUUUUGCACAAAAAACAAAUGAACAAAACACUGCACACAAACCCACAGAACCAAACUCGGCAUUCAAACAGUAUAAAUGUCCUCAGUGCAGGUUGGCAUUCAGAAAAAUCAGAUGCCUGAGCUUGGAUGAACUGAUAUCAUUUCUUCUUUCAGUGAAUAUCUGCCCUGUUUUUGAGAAGAUUCUCUUAGAUGGAACAGAAGUUGCCACAACACACAGUCUCUCCUCCAUCAGCUUCACCAGGAGGAUGAAGACUGAGACCUGGGCCUGCUACCAGCUCAGUGGGUCGUCUGCUGGUUGGAUGAGGGGUUCCUCAAGACAUGAUCUCACCUCCAUUACAACAUCAGCUGUAGGAUUUCUCUUUGACGUAUCUCCUGUAGUUCUUCCAUCUAAGAGCCUCCACACAGCAGAAGUUUGAGGUUCCUCCUCCACUUGGUCCUCUAAUGGUGGAGGUGUCAGGCUGCUGGGGGACAUUUUACUGCUGCUGCUCUUAUUCUCUGAAGCGUCUCAUCAACAGCUCUGUUGUCACUGAAGGCAAACUUCUUUAAUCUAGGAUUCGGUAACGUUGUUUCUCUGAGGACAGUCUUCAGCUCCAUACUCCAUUAAAAAAGUUGGGAAAAGGCUCUCACUCGAUGGGAGUCAGCUCUUCAGAUUCAAAGCAUCGGCUGUUAGAGCUGUAUCUUUUGCUCUUUACACAUAACUAGAGGACAGACUGUGGUCAUAUGCUGACCAUGUUUGGCUCAACAUACAGCUGUGAGCCAGCAGCUUUCUCAACUAUGAACAUAAUCAAAACUAAAUAUGGUUCCAGAUUCACCAAUGAGCUCCCUAAAUAUGUUUGAGAACGACCCUGACACCAUUGAGGCCACGAUUCAAAAUACUGGCAGCUCAGUUCUCCCAUUAAGCAGCAGCGAUAUAAGGGGAGUGAUAGAAAACAGGGGAAACAAUGGAAAAGGGUUCAAUUGUUUACAUUUAUGGGAUUCAGGUAUUGUUAAAGAUGUAUACAAAUUGGUUCAGGUUGUUCAGUCAUGAUUUUUUUUCAAGUUCUACACUUUAUUUUAAGAUAUACAGUUAUAUAAAAAGUUAUUUAUUAAUAAAUGUUGUCAAAAUGUUUUUGAACUGUACUGCAUUCAUUUGACGGUCAGUUUUUGAUUACAGGCAAACCCUAAUAAAACUACCAGGUUACAACAACAUAUAUCACAUGAACUGAAGUUAGACAUUAUGAUAUUCUGGACCUUUGCUUUAAUCCAUUUUCUCUGACUGGACCUCUUUGAAUUUUAACUGAAUACCCCUGGCUUAGAAGAAGAGGGGCAUGAAUCAACAACCUGAUCCAACAUCAGUCGGUGGAGAAAAAAUAACAAGAAAGCAAAACCAAAUGACACUAUUUCAGUGUUUCAAUAAGCCUGCUGCUUGUCCUGAGAAUACUGCCGCUUUAGGAAACACUACAGCUGGAGCUAAUGUUAGCAUUUAGGAAAGGUAGCCUGAUGAAGAGGAAACAUCAGCUCUACCUCAUUAAGGGAAGAGGAGGCUGCUGACGCUAUCACAUCUAGAACUAGCUAAUUGGUAGUUUGGUAGAAAUAAAGGAGCUGCUGCUGCUGUUGACCUGGCUUUGUUUUAUGAGGCUGGAAGGGGACAAAUUGGAGUAUACCCACUAGAAAAAACUAGACUACACCACUGGAAGAAACUAUAGAGGCAAAUCCACAAAUGCAAUUAGAAAUGUUCUGUUAAAGUGUGAGGCGAGUCAGUUUGAAACCUGUGUGAAGCAUAAAAGUACAGAUUUUUGUUAUGUUAAUGACCAAUGUUUCUGUUAUUUACAAUUGAAUUUAUUACAAUUAUAUUUUCAUGUUUAAUAAAGGAAUGGUAAAUUGUGACCUAUUUUCUGAUCGGUGAACACUCCAUUGAUAAAUAAUGAAAUACUGACCAGUCACA